AACAUGAGGCCUCCCCUUUAAGAGGGCGGAGCCACGGUUAUGGCGGCGGCUUCGAAUGCCGCCCUGGACACACACUCUUAAGCCUCUUGGCGACUUCCUCUCAACUUCCGCUGUGGUCUUAGAGACGCUUCUCUCAGGCCCUGCUUCGGGUGUACGGCCGGCCACAGUGCCCCACUUACAUCUGGGUCGAGUUGGAGGUGGACCCUUGGGUCUGGUACGACCGGGCCAGUCCACCCGCCCGAGCGCGACCGUCGUUAUGAUGUGUAGUUUUCAGAAGCUGUUUGCUGUGGAAGAGGAGUUUGAAGAUGAGGACUUCUUAUCUGCCGUGGAGAAUGCAGAGAACCACUUUUCCGGUGCACUACCUGGGAAUGCUGGCCACCUGACACCUGUUUCUUCCAGACCACAGGAGACUCUGCAAGCACAAUCCUCAAGACCGUUGCCGUCAUACCCCACUUCUUCGAGCCGGCCAGUCCCAGGACUCUGUCUCCCUACUCCCAGCAAACUCCAGACCAUCAGGGAUCCACUCUGUUCAGGAGCAGCGUCCCUGAGACCCUCCUGGAUCCCUGGCGGCGGCACGGGCAGUCAUCGAAGAACAGUGCCGGCAAGAGUGCUCCAGGAGUCAUCAGGACCCCAGUCCUCAGCCGCACACUCUGGGCUUGUCUCUGGGAGCCAUCAGCAGGGCAUGGGUGGCUUUGAGGCCCCUGAUCAAGAUGAGUUUGACAAGGCCCUGGCAAGCAUGGAGCUGGAGGGAGCUGGCUUGGAGCUAGAACUUGGAGUUGACAGUGGAGCCACCCAAAUCCUGCCUGUUCAGCACCGUGAAGAUCUUGUAUUGGCGAAAAGGGCCAGAGUGGCUGACCUGAGUGGAUCUUUUCAGAAGGGGCCCAUUGACCGCUGUAGGAAUCCAGGGCCUUCCUUGAGACCCCGAGCUGCAGGCAGCCUUCCUCUCCCAUCUGCCUCAGCAGUUUCCUGUUCAAGAGGCCCCCCUGUUCCUGCACCUCAACCCCUCCAAGUAUCUGGGAGGCCCCUUGAGAGCAUCCCACAGAGUCAUUUGCCUGGUCAGCCAUGCCAGUCUCCCAGAGCUUGGACAAGUGGCACACCCCGUUUUCCUGGACCUCGACGUCCCCACUGCAGCUCUGCAGCUUCUCCUCAGGGACCCUUGCCAUCCCGAGCCCCAGUGUCUUCUGCUGACUCUCCGGUCAGCACCCCCAGAGGUGCUUCCGCCCCAGCUCCUCAGCCAGCUCUGCAGACACCUAUAGUCACCAAUCACCUGGUUCAGCUUGUCACUGCUACCAACCGGACACCCCAGCAGCCCUCCCACCCCUCCAUUCGAGCUAAAGCCCGCCGCUUCCCUGGCCCGGCAGGACUUUUGCCCCACCAGCACAGCGGGAAGAAUUUGGAGGAGAUCAUGGUUUCCACACCCCAGACUCCGACUCAUGGUGCUCUGGCUAAACUCCAGACUGAGAUUGUUACUAGUUCCCAGGGAUCAGUGGAAGAAGAUUUUGGGCACGGGCCGUGGCUCACCAUGAAGUCUGCUCUGGGCCUGGACGAUAGAGACCCCACCUGCUUCCUGUAUACCUACAGUAUUGUCAUGGUGCUGCGCAAGGCAGCCCUCAAGCAGCUCCCCAGGAACAAGGUCCCCAAAAUGGCAGUGAUGAUCAAGUCCCUGACUCGGAGCACAAUGGACGCCAGUGUGGUUUUUAAGGAUCCCACAGGAGAGAUGCUUGGGACAGUGCAUAGGGUACUUCUGGAGACACAUCAGAAUGAGCUGAAGCCUGGCUCGGUGCUGUUGCUGAAGCAGAUCGGAGUGUUCUCUCCUUCGCUCAGAAACCACUACCUCAACGUGACACCCAACAACCUGGUCCAUAUUUACAGUCUAGAUUCUGGGGAUGGGGACUUCCUCAAGCCACCUCAGCCCUUGCCGAAGGAUCCAGGAAGCUUCCAUGGAAACCUCCAGCCUGAUGUGGCUGCAGAGCCCACACAGGGCCUCAGAACAGCACAGAACCCAGCGGUGUCUUCUGAGGAAGAGCUCCCAGAGGCAGAUGACCUGGAUGGACUUCUGAGUGAGCUCCCUGAGGACUUCUUCUGUGAUCCUAGCAGUUGGGACUGUCUCAAGACGGGACAUCCACCGUGAGCUGACGGUCUCUGCCCCGAGACAAGCUCUAGGUGCAUCUGGUCACAUUUGAGGGAGAGAAAGCCAGUGCAGCUGGAAGCCAGACAAACUCAUGUUCUGAUGCCUCCUCACGGCCCCCUUCCCCAAACCCCCAAGUGAUGGACCAGACAGUGCUGCUGUGGCCUGACAGCUCCCUCUGCAUGGGCAUCCUGGACCUCUGAGCAAGCCUAGCUCUCCAGCCUCCCUGUGCUGUGGUGGGCACAUCGUCCCCCAGCCAACAGGAAAAGUAUGAUCUCCACUACCUUAACUUCAGAGAUGUUGGCCUGGUUUCCUUGUCCUUUUAUUCCUCAGUCCCCUGACAGCAGAGGAGCCACAGCCACAGCAAAGGUGACCUAAGGCAGUAGCUAACGCGUCCUCAAGGGUGGUGGUGGAAUACAGGCUAUUGUACCUGGUUCUGAAAUAAAGCAGCCCCUCCUCAUCUGCUA